ACUCUUUUUCGGACGACAGUGUUGUAAACAAUUACCAUGGUCACUUGCCUAGUUCUAGGUACCUGUGUGGCAAUUGCUUGAGCAGGUAAACAGGCUGCGACAAUGACAAAAUUAUGGGAAAUGCAAAGACAUUAAGAAGGCAAUUCCUGGAAAAUUUCACACUAAUUGCAAAAGGGACAGGCGAGUCUGCAAGGACAUCAGCAAACUGCAAAAUGGGCGCAGACGACGCCGUUGCAUGCUGAGCCUAUAAAGCAGGACUGCGUCACAUUCUCUCGACUCAGUCUUCAGUCUGCGCGUGAAGUGAAUCAACCAAGUUAAUCCACAAGAUGAAUUAUAGAAAUCUUUGCAACGUGUUCCUGUUGCUCGUGUUGUGCUACAAGGGAAAUGCGUUGCCUGCAGUGGAGACGGCAAUUGUGCCAAGUGGAGUGAAUACUAUUGAGGAGUCGGACAAGUUGCCCGACUCCAACUCGGAGCAAAUCAACGCAGCUGCCUCACAAGAGGCGGGCUUGGUUGGAGGCAACGCUACUAACCCAUCAACGACUGCUGAAUCAGAGGCUGUAGAUCCGACACUGACAGGUGACAAUGAAGCCAGCGGUAGUAGUAACGAACCCGUGUCCAUCUACGCUAGUGGACUCAUCACUCCCGAGGCCUUUCAGCAGUACCUUAAUCAGUACGGCGGGGCGGCUGGUCUAGCUCCUCUGGGAACCGCUUAUCCCGCUCCUAUAACUGGUCCACCUGGUCUUUAUCCUUUCCCCGGUCCCAUUGUGGUGCAGACUGGCUACGAGGGCUUCUUGGUGCCGGCUUCUACUGCUGGCAGCUCCAACUCCGAAAGUGCUGCUGAUGCGACAACAACUGUGGCCUUGACUCCCGUUGCUGCACCAUCUGCCUCGCCCACUUUGAACCCGCUGAUGGCCUUCGCAUCCAGGCUAUUGCCCACCAUCUUGAUGUCCACACUCUUCCGUAUUGCCGCCGUUGUGCUUUCCGCCGUGGGCGUAAUCCUCUUUGGAGGCGCCAUCACAAACGCUCUCUGCCGCCUCACGCCCAUCUGCGAUAUUUCUGGCAAGGCUGUCACCUAUUUUCGCACUGGCGGAGCACAGAAUGUGGGUCGCAUGCUGGCCGAAGAAAUCACCCCGGAACGUGUCCGUAGAACUGCCGAAUUUGUUCGCGGAGCCAUCGAAAAGUAUCGUCAGCUGCAGAAGCUUGUCGAUCCCGAUUCUUCUACCUAAAACCUUGCAAAUGGUCGCCAAACCUCUGCCUCCAAAAGUAUUAAAUUCUUUCGACCCAAGCCUCCUUCCUACUUCCAAUCUGCUGAACAACGUGAUUACUUUUGUAUGUUAGUUGUAAUUAUAAUAAUUGCCUGUAACGAAAUACAAAUAUACUUUUAAUUGU